AUGUUCAUAGACAGUGAAGCAAAAAGUUUAUACAAUGUCAUUGAAAAUUUUGAAAGAAAAAUAAUAUAUUUAUCUUUUAUAAACGAGGAGAUAUUAGAAAAAUUGAAUGAACAUGAUAUUAGCACCAUUCCUGAGGAUUUUCUUUUAUAUUUCAAGGACAUAAUAAAAUUAAACAAAUUAUAUGAACACAGUGAUAUAUUAAAAAAUAAUAUAGAAGAUGAUAUAGAAGGAGAUGACGAUGUAGAUGAUGAAAAUAUCUGUGUAAAUAAAGAACAUGAAGAUUUGUUGGAUAAAAUAAAAAAAUAUUGUAUAUGUUUGUAUAAAAUAUUUAAUGAUAAUGAUAAUCUUUAUACAAUAUUAAAUAAAAUGAAAGAUAAAGAAAAUCAUGACUUUUCUAAAUUUUUUUACAUCAUCAAAGAUAUAAAGAAUAUUUUUCAAACAAAGUUUCAAACUAGCGCUUUAGAAAAAAUGAAAGGUAUAGAAAAUAUGAAUAAAUUAAAAGAUGAAGAACAAAAAAUCCAAGAAGAAGAAAAGAAGUUAAACGAUGAAUUAGAAAACAUAAGAAAAGAAAGUCAUAAAGAAUUAAAUGAACUAGAAGAAUGUUUAAAAAAAAAAGAAAAUGAAUUAGAACACUUAAAAAAAUCUUCACAAGAAAAUUUACAACAGUUAUUAAAUAUGUUACCAUUAAAUGAUAUCUCUGAUAAUUUAGAACAUAUAAAUAUAUUAUUUGAAAAAACAAAAAAUAUAUAUGAAAAUAAAAUAAAAUUAUAUCAAGAUCAAGAAAUAAGUUUAGUCAAAAAAAAUAAAUUAUUAGAACUGGAUAUAGAAAAUUAUAUCAAUCUGAUAGACGACCAAAUUAAAACCCAAGACAACGAAAUUGAAAAAUAUACAAUGGAAUUAAAGAAAAAUAAAAUAACAGAAAAAGAUUUAGACAGUAUUCUUCUGAGAAAACAAAAUGAAGAAAGUGAAAGAUGUUUUAUAUAUGAACUAACAGAAAAAAGAAAUAUGAUAAUUCAAAAAAAAGAUAAUAUGAAUAACGAAGCUGCUGUAUUAAUUCAGUCUUAUAUAAGGGCCGUAAAAGAGCGCAAUUUAUUUAGUGAGCAUGAGAAAAAAAAAAAAAGUAGAAAAAAAAAAAAAUAA